AUGAGGAAACGGCGAGUUCAGUUUGAUCAUCAAGGAAGUGAGAUCCAUGAGGUCCCUUCCAUCGCAAAAGAUGAGAAAAAGAACUAUUGGUACACUCCACAGCAACUCAAGGGUAUCCUGGUGUCGGCCAUUACAUCGACGGGCGAAGCCGUCAAAGAAGCUCGCAGCAAGGGUGGGGAAAUGCCCGAUCUUCGGGGGUUGGAAUCCCUUUCGAAAACCUCUCAAGAACGCAAGGAAGAAAUCUCCCUGGAUCGCCUCCGCGUGAUUCAAGCCUACACCAAACAAAAACGACAAACGGGGUCUGUGGACGAAGAAUCAAUUCGUUCUCUCUACCAUUCAUUCACGGAAGAAGAUUCCAAGAGAGCUCUGGCGUAUGGCACGAUUGAUGCAAAAUCAUCUUAUAGCUACACUACCGCCAAUGGCAAGACCACUGCAACUACCAAGCAAACAUCCAACAAUAAAGGAAAGGGAAUGCUGGACUUUCUUUUUGGGAAAAAGAGCAAAGGCAACAAAACACACAAAUAG